CCCAGACACCCUCGAAUGAUCUCCUUGGAGUUUGUACUUGAUGAUUGCUACAUAAAGCGGAACUGAACCUUUUUAACCGCACUGUUGUGACUGAAACCCGAGGAGAGUAGUUGAAAGCCGGAUGCUGUCGGACUGGCCCUUUAGAGCUCAGGUGCAUUCAGACCAGAGACAGCGGUGAGGAUGGGACGUGGAAGCCAGCAGACGGUGCCGGGAGAGCCGGACAGCGGGAAAGCUAAAGGCGUUUACACCUGGGAGGAAGUGCAGAGCCACAACAGCAGGAAUGAUCAAUGGCUGGUCAUCGAUCGAAAGGUUUACAACAUCACUCAGUGGGCCAAAAGGCAUCCAGGAGGGUUUCGCGUCAUCGGCCACUAUGCUGGAGAGGAUGCUACGGAGGCAUUCACUGCUUUUCAUCCUGAUUCCAAGUUCGUGCAAAAGUUUCUGAAGCCGCUGCUGCUUGGAGAGUUGGCAGCAACAGAGCCAAGUCAGGACCGAGACAAAAAUGCAGCCAUCGUGCAGGAUUUCAAAACCUUGCGAGCUCAGGUAGAGAAGCAGGGUCUGUUUCAAGGUCAGCCUUUGUUUUUCUUCCUCCACCUCGGUCACAUCGUGCUGCUAGAAGCCCUCGGAUGGAUGCUCGUUUCAAUGUGGGGGACGGGCUGGAUACCGACCUUACUGUGCUCGGUGAUUUUAGCAACUGCUCAGGCACAGGCUGGAUGGCUGCAGCAUGACUUUGGUCACCUGUCUGUCUUCAAAAAGUCCACCUGGAACCACGCUGUCCACAAGUUUGUCAUUGGUCAUUUAAAGGGAGCUUCUGCCAACUGGUGGAAUCACCGACAUUUCCAGCAUCACGCUAAACCCAACAUCUUCAGCAAGGACCCCGAUAUCAACACGCUGGACACCUUUGUACUUGGACAGACUAUACCAGUGGAGUACGGGAUAAAGAAGAUCAAGCACAUGCCCUACAAUCACCAACACCAGUACUUCUUUCUCUUGGGACCUCCGCUGCUCAUUCCAGUUUUCUACAACUUUAAUAUAAUGCACACCAUGAUAACCCGGCGAUACUGGGUGGAUCUGGCUUGGGCCAUGACAUACUACCUCCGCUACUUCUACUGUUAUGCACCUCUAUACGGCGUGUUUGGCUCAGUGGCGCUCUUUUUUUUUGUCAGGUUUUUGGAGAGUCACUGGUUUGUGUGGGUGACUCAGAUGAAUCACAUACCGAUGGAUAUUGAUCAUGAAAAGCACAAGGACUGGCUGACUAUUCAGUUACAAUCCACCUGUAAUAUCGAGCAGUCCUUUUUCAAUGACUGGUUCAGCGGACACCUCAACUUUCAAAUCGAGCACCACUUGUUCCCCACGAUGCCGCGCCACAACUACCACCUGGUGGCGCCAGAGGUCCGUGCACUCUGUGAGAAACAUGGGAUUCCUUACCAGGAGAAAACUUUGUGGCGAGGCCUUGCUGAUAUUGUCACGUCACUGAAAACCUCAGGAGACCUCUGGCUCGACGCUUACCUCCAUAAAUGACAGACUGCAUUAACUUCACUGAUGUAAAAGGAGUGUUUUUCAUUUUUGCAUCAAAAAAAAAACAACUAAUUGUAUCUGUCUGAUUAUUAAAAUAAAGCCACUAGUGGGAGAAUGACCUUUCUCAUUAACGCCAUUGUUAAGUCUGGGGUUCUCAUAAGUUGCCUUAGAGUGUCUUGAUCAACAGUAGGCGUUCUUUUUCUGUCUCCAGUCAAUUUGGCAGAUAAAACAUGAUCAUUUUAUUGCUCAAAGGUGAGGUGAGGUAAAGCCAUCUGUUGGCCAUCCGUCCAUUCAAAAUUGAGAAGAAUUGCAUCUCCUCCUACAGUUUCAUUCAGAAUAUAAUCAAUGAUGUCCUAAUGGGUCAUUACACACACGGUGCUCUGGGGCCAAAGUCACAUUUUUCAUGUGAGCCAGAUGAGCUACUAUGUCACUGAUGUUCUGGUUUCUCACAAACCACAAUUUGUACAAUAUUAAUUUCAUUAUUUUCUGUCAGAAUUAAAAUUGUAACUACUUUAAAAUGCAGCUCUUGUUAUUCUGUUUCAGUUUACAAUAAAUAAACUGCUGACUGUU